CCGCGGUUUGUGUUUUGUUUCUUCUAAAGCUACGAUGGCCAAGGAAAAAGAGUUUUUAUGACAAUCUAUACCCUCCUUGACCUUAUGCUACUUUCACUUUCUUCGGAUAAAUACCGGCAAACAAUGAACUACCAUUCACGUGACUCGACUCGAGACGUUACAAGCGCAAUCCUUGUGUCUAGCUUGAAACGGAAUCAUAGUCCAUACUGAGAAAGUGACGAACAUUUUGCUUUCUACAGUGAAGCGUAUAGGCACUUAAACCGGCCCUCAAAGAGACAAUGAACUGUCGGCAGGACGAUGAGCUCUCUUCAAUCCACGAUGUCUGCGUUGAGACGCCGAGAGGAAACGCGGGAGCUUGUUUACAAGAACCAGCUCCAAGGAGAAGAAGAUAUCUUGUAGUUCUUUGUAUUUUAUUUGUGGAGCUUUGUGAGCGCCUCACAUUCUAUGGCGUGACAGUUAAUCUGGUAUUUUAUUGUAAAGAUGUCCUCAAGCUUGCCUCGCCGUUACCCAGUACGAUCACUUUGGCAUUUCAAGGAACAUGUUUCUUCACUCCUGUAAUCGGUGGUUGGCUGGCUGAUACCAUGAUUGGACGAUUCAACACCAUAUAUGGAUGCUCACUGCUUUACGUAGUUGGUACCGGUCUCCUCACGGCUAUUACUUAUAGUUACCCUUCGGCCUAUGGUUUGGGCAUGUCGGGUAAAGAAGGAUUCCUUGCUGUGUCGCUCCUUUUCAUCGCCAUAGCAACAGGAGGAAUCAAGUCAAAUGUGUCCCUAAUGGGAGCAGACCAGGUAAACGACGAAGGUCCCGAGAUGGUACGAAAGUUCUUCGACUGGUUUUACUGGUUUAUUCAGGUUGGGUCGCUGUUAGCUUAUACCGUUGUGGCGUACGUCCAACAAGAGGUCUCGUUUUUCUAUGGUUUCCUGAUAACCUCAGUCUCUAUAGCUUGUGCAACCAUUCUACUCGUGAUAGGAAGAAAGCACUACAUUUUACACCCACCACAAGAAAGUUAUCUGGCAGAUACGCUCCGCAUCAUUGGUGGAGGACUGAGAGAUAAACUCUGCUGCAGGGCGAAUCCAUCUCUGACCCACUGGCUGGAUGGAGCUAAAGAUUCUGUUGGAGGAAAGUUUCCCGAGGAAAUGGUGGAAGGAGUUAAGUCAGUAGUUCGGUUGAUCCCAAUAUUCCUAACCUACAUAUGCUAUUGGACAUUGUAUGGUCAGAGUCUCACCACCUUUGUCUUACAAGGUUCUUACAUGAAUUUGAGAAUCACAGAGCAACUCUCAUUUCCUGCAGCAUCUCUCUCCAUAUUUGGAAUCGUGUCAUUACUAGUUCUCCUUCCUUUUAUUGACCGAGUUGUGUACCCAGGCUUUCUUCGUAUUGGCUUCAACUUCACCCCAUUGCGGAGAAUCAGUGUUGGAAUGCUCUUCGCCGCUGGUUCGGUAGCUCUCGCGGGGAUCAUUGAACUUGAACGAAAACACCAUGGUUAUGGAACAAUCAAACAAGAUGUAUUCAAUAAGACAGUAAAUGCAUCUACCAUGAGUGUGUUUUAUCAAGUGCCUCAGUACAUUCUGCAAGGAACAAGUGAAGCUUUGGUGUCUGUGACAGGUCUUGAGUUUGCCUAUUCCCAGUCCCCUGCCGAAUUGCGUGGCGUAAUAAUGGGUUUGUGCUUGGGUAUGAUUGGCUCAGGAUAUUACGUGGCAGGACUGUUGGCUUCCAUUGUUAAAAAAGCUUCAGACAGCAAGUGGUAUCCUGAAGACCUCAACAAAGGCGCGCUUGAAUACUACAUGUUCCUCUUAGCUGGUCUUAUGCUGAUCAACGCGGCUGUGUUUCUUAUCUUAGCAGUUAGAUAUCGAUAUGCUGACCAUGCGCAUCAAAGAAACCCUGUGAAUAAUGACGACAGCGAAGUCGAGGGAAGCCAAAGCACCGAAGCACCGAGUUCUUUAUUUUAUUCCGAUGAGGCGCAUCGACCUCUUUUGAACAACAUGUUUUGCGAUAUCCGAAACUUUGGGCCGUGAUAAUUCUGGUCCUCACGAGAAAUCGAAUUUUAAACAAUUAAAAUCUUUUCUUCUAUAUACUGACAUUUAUAUAAAGUGAAAUCUGUAUAAACUGGAAUCCGUCCCUCAAUAAGUCCCAAACAUUUUUUCCCAUUUUGUCUGUAAAAAGAAUCCCGGCGUAUCAAGUUUACACUCACGAGAGUCCUGGUAGUGAUCGCUCAAUACAGGCUUUUCUUUUUCUGUUGUCUGGUUCGAAUACCUGAACAAGCAGUUGCAAAACGUGGGCACCGAAAAACCCCCUCGGGGCGGGGAAGGGGGGAACUCCCGCGACAAGGUCGCGGAUACCGUUCGGAAAAUUUGAAUUUGAAGUCCCUAAAAGAUACCACUCUGGGCAUGGUUUGUAAAGGAAACCAUUUUAUAACGGGGCAACCCUGAACGAUGCCUUGGCGGGUAAAAAAAUAGUUAUAUUCUAAUUCGCUGCCCCACUCAACCGAAUAUAAAACAUUUAUCAUGUAAUCAGCAAUCGCUUGUGGGGUGUGUCAACACGAACCGUGUAUAACCCUCUUUAUUAUGUCUUAUCAAUCAAAAUUACAUAGAAUUAUCAACAAUGUAAGCGCAAGAUAACAAAAACUAAAAAUACAACUGAACAAUAACACGUAGUGUAUAGUAUAAAGUUGACAACAAUCCGAACAUAAGCUAGUAUAAUGUAAAUA